UUUUCGGAUCAUUUUCAUCCAUUUCCCGCUCUUUCUGUAUCUCUCUCUCUCUUCAACUGAUUGAGACACGGACACUCGAGAGAAAAAAACGAAAGGAAAAGAGGGAGGGAUCGGAUCCGCAGGUUCUCCGGGACGAGGUUAUGAUCUAAGGUUUGCGUAUUGGAUUCACUGUGGAAGUGCGGUUCUUGCGUCUCGUUUACUGAGAGUUUUGAUCACUCUCUCUCGAUUGGAGAUCCAAUUUGCACGCUGCUCUGUGUCUUGGCUCGAGAUUCAUCCGGGCCAAGCACAGAAGAAUCGGAUACGUUUCGGUCUCGUCCGUCUAGCUGGCGCAAUUGUUCAGAUUCAAAGAGCGGCGUUCCUUUAGAUUGGCUCUCCUGUUGAAUGUGCUUUGUCCCUGUAUUGACGCUUAGAUUCGUUUUCCCCAUGUGCGCUAGCCCUCAGUCGUGCGUGCUUUUUCGUCCGUAAAUCGAGUGGCAUAAUAGUAGAUGGUGACGGUUAGCUGUUGGUAUAGCUUUUGAUCGUCAUUUGUUCUUUAGGAGUGGGCUACGCAGAUGGCGUCGAAGGAGGGGUUUCUGACGAAUGAGCAGAGGGCAACGCUUAAAUUAGCGACCCAGAAUGCGGAGAGCCUGUCAUCCUCUCCCAAAUCGCCUAAAACUCUCCUCUCUGAACAUCCAUUAAAGGUUCCUGCUGCUGGCAAGGCGCCUACAGCUGGAAUUGCUGUGAGGCAUGUGCGGAGGACACACUCUGGGAAGUUUAUACGGGUUAAGAAAGAUGGAGGUGGUGGUAAGGGAACUUGGGGGAAAUUGCUCGACACUAAUGGUGGAUCACAUACAGAUAGAAAUGAUCCCAACUAUGACAGUGGUGAGGAGCCUUAUCAACUCGUUGGUUCAACAGUCUCAGACCCCUUGGAUGUAUACAAGAAAGCUGUUGUUUCUUUAGUAGAGGAAUAUUUUAGCACUGGUGAUGUGGACGUGGCAUCAUCUGAUCUCAGGGAACUAGGCUCAAGUGAAUAUCACCCAUACUUCAUCAAGCGGCUAGUUUCCAUGGCCAUGGAUCGCCAUGAUAAGCAGAAAGAAAUGGCCUCGGUUCUGCUCUCUGCCUUGUAUGCUGAUGUGGUCAGCCCGCCACAAAUCAGGGAUGGGUUUGUCUUGCUUCUUGAGUCGGCUGACGAUCUCUCCGUUGACAUAUUGGAUGCUGUUGAUGUGCUCGCAUUGUUCCUAUCACGGGCUGUGGUUGAUGAGAUUCUCCCGCCAGCCUUCCUCACAAGGGCUAAGAAAACACUACCGGAAUCUUCUAAAGGUUUCCAGGUUAUUCAGACGGCUGAAAAGAGUUAUCUCUCAGCCCCGCACCAUGCAGAACUUUUGGAGAGGAGAUGGGGUGGUAGCACAUGCAUAACUGUUGAAAAGGUGAAAAAGAAGAUUGAUGAUCUGCUGAAGGAGUAUGUGGAAACUGGAGAUGCUUUUGAGGCAUGCAGGUGCAUUAGGGAGUUGGGUGUUGCUUUUUACCAUCAUGAGGUGGUGAAAAGGGCUUUGGUUUUUGCGAUAGAGACACGAGCAACAGAACCCUUGAUAAUGAAGUUGCUGAAGGAAGCCGCUGAGGAAGGCUUAAUAAGUACCAGUCAAAUGGCUAAGGGGUUUGCCCGUUUGGCUGAGAGCCUCGACGACCUUGCUCUUGACAUUCCAUCUGCAAAGUCCGUGUUUCAGUCACUGGUUCCCAAGGCUAUUUCUGAAGGUUGGCUUGAUGCUUCAUUUUCGAAGUCAUCGGAUAAUGGAGAUGUUCAAAUUGAAGAUGAAGAGUUAAGGCGCUAUAAGAAGGAAGUUGUAAGUAUAAUUCAUGAAUAUUUUCUCUCUGAUGACAUUCCCGAGCUCAUUCAGAGCUUGGAAGAUCUUGGAGCACCUGAGUUCAACCCCGUGUUUUUGAAGAAGCUCAUCACCCUUGCCAUGGACAGGAAAAAUAGAGAGAAAGAGAUGGCAUCUAUCCUGUUGUCUGCCCUCCAUAUUGAGAUUUUUUCGACUGAAGACAUUGUAAAUGGUUUUGUGCUGCUUUUGGAGUCCGCAGAGGACACGGCUCUCGACAUUCUAGAUGCUUCAAAUGAGCUUGCUUUAUUUUUGGCUAGGGCUGUUAUCGAUGAUGUGUCGGCCCCACUGAAUCUAGAAGAGAUUGGAAGCAGGUUGCCUCCUAAUUGCAGUGGGAGUGAAACUGUGCGCAUGGCUCGAUCGCUCAUCUCUGCCCGUCAUGCUGGCGAGAGGAUUCUUAGGUGCUGGGGAGGUGGAACCGGGUGGGCUGUUGAGGAUGCGAAGGACAAAAUUCAAAAGCUUCUGGAGGAAUACGUGAGUGGUGGAGUGGUGACUGAAGCUUGCCAGUGCAUACGUGAUCUGGGAAUGCCCUUCUUCAACCACGAAGUUGUGAAGAAGGCAUUGGUGAUGGCCAUGGAGAAGAAGAACGACAGGAUCCUGGACCUGCUGCAAGAAUGUUGCAGUGAGGGACUCAUCACCAUCAAUCAAAUGACAAGAGGUUUCACCCGGAUUAAGGAUGGAAUGGACGAUUUGGCUCUUGACAUCCCGAAUGCAGAAGAGAAAUUCCGUUUUUAUGUGGAGUAUGCUAAUCAGAAGGGAUGGCUCCCAGCUUCAUUCGAGUCAUCCUAGAUGGGAUGUUUGAAUUCAUCUUGAUGCCUUUUUUCUCUAUUUCCUUGUAGUUUGUUAAUGGUGAUCAGUUGAUGUAUAAAGUCAGUCGCUUAUCCAGCUUUAGGCUUAUGGUGCAUCAUAUUUUUCGCAUACAGUAUGAUAUAAGAUUAAGAAUUCUUUGAUGCCAUCGUUUUUCAGUGUUGUUCUUUGACCCCCUUUUUUUUUAGGGUUCAUGGCAUCAGGAAUAGAUGGAAUUUGUAUUCUCAAAUCAAAACCUUCUAAUGGGAGUCACUUUUGGGUUCA